AUGGGCGCGGCUACUCCCGCCGCCGAGGCGGAUUCACAGUCCGCCAAUGGCGCGGCCGCUAUGGAUUUCGACUGCGCGCCGAGCAGCUCAGCCGUGCCGCACUUGCCGCAACCCGCCCCCGCGGUCUCGUCGCCCGGCGCAUCGCCUUGCACUCCGCCAAUCGCCGGGUCCGCGGUAAGCACGCGGCAAGCGCAAUCUUCGCUGUACGCGCGGCGGCAGGCGCGGCUGGCGGGAGGCGGAGAGAGCAGCGCGGAGCUGAGGCGCACGCGGAGCCUGGACGUGGAGCGCGCGCAGGUGGUGAUGAUGAGGGGAGCGGAGGGCGGCGGCGGGAGUGGCGCGGGCGUGCAGGGCUUGGGAUGGACCGCGACCGGGACCGCCGCGGCGCUGGCUGCGGCGCAUGGCGUAGGGGUUGGGGGAGAGGCGGGCGGUAAUGGCGAGGCGAGCAAGGCGCGCAGGGACAAAGGCGCAUGUGCAAGCUCCAGCCGAGGCUCCCCUCUCGCCGACUCGCCCUUCCUCUCGCGCCUCUGCCGCGGUCGCCCCCCCGCGCCCUCCCCACUCUCCUCCCUCGCCCCCCGCCGCACCUCUUCCUUGACCGCCUCGCUCCUCUCCCCGCUCGCCUUACCCUCCGCGCCGAUCCCUCCGCCCCUCCCCCAUCCUCCCAACCUUCCCCCUCAUCCCCCGCAACAAGUGUGCUCGUCUUGGGAAGCGGGUGGGGAAAGGGCGGGGCCGCGGGGGGCGCACGAGAGCGCAGUGGCGGAGGCAGCGGCGGCAGUGGCGGCAGCAGCGAGCUCCAUUGCCGCCGCGCUGGAGCAGGGGGGCGCGGGGAUGGGCGCGGGGAUGGGCGCGGGGAAUGGCGCGGGGAUGGGCGCGGGUAGGCGGGCGGUGGGGCAGGGCAGAGCAGGGGGAAAAGCCAUUAGCGGGGGGGAUGAGGGUGGGGCACUGGCGGGGGAGAUGGAGGGCAUAUGGCGGGCGGUGCAGCAGCAGCUGCAGGCGCAGUCGCAGGGGGGAUCGGAGGGGGGAGCAGCGGGCGCGCAUCAGGGGGUGAUGGCGGUUGAAGAAUCCGGGAUGGGGGGAGACAGUAACAUGAGAGGCUCGGGGAGGGGAGGGGGAAGCAGGGGUGGGGGGGGACGCAGACUGCUGAAGGCUGCGAGUGCGGGCAGGGAGAGGGGGAAGGCGGGGGGAGUGGAGGGCGCGGCGUGGAACAUGGUGUGGCAAGCAUUGGAUGGUAGCGGGGAGGGGGGAGGGGAAGUCGCAGCAGAGGGGGUAGGGGAGGCGACGGCAGGGCAGAGCAGUGCAGGAGAGCGGUUGAGCGUGGAGGAGGAGGGGGAAAAUUGGGAGGAGAGGGAGAGGGGCCAGGCGCGGAGGAAACUGCUGGGAAGGGGAGUGAGGCAACUGACUCGCACCAAUAGCUGCCCGCCCUCAGUGCACCGCGCACAGGCUGUUGACGUGGGCGGGGACGAGGCCAUGGCAUGUCGCAAGCGCCGUCGACUGCCGGCAGACACGCACGGCACCGUGCCAUGGCCGCAUGCGCAGGUCUGUGCACCCGCUCACCCACCCAUGCUCCAAUCCCCACCCCUUUCUCCCCUUCCCCAUCUUCCCCCUUUCCCCAUCUUCCCCCUUUCCCCCUUCACCCCUGAACCCCUCCCAACUUCCUCACCUCUUUCUCAUCACCUCGCAUUUCCCCCUUAUUACACCGGCCACUAUUUGUCUUGGCUCCCAUCGGUUGUCUGCCUGCGCAUCCCCUCAGUUUCUUCUACUCUCUGCACUCCUGGCACUUAUCACACGCAGCACUCACUCACGGGCACCAGGGCAGCGCCCUGGGUGUGGUGCAAGCAGGAGAGUGAGGGGGAGGAUGGGGAGUGUGGGAGCGCGAUCGGGGCAGAGCAGAGCAUGGGCAUGGGGAUGGAGAGACAGGGCAGCUGGGGGGGAGAGGAGGCGUGGAGUGGUGAGGAGGGAAGGAGCAGUGGGAGAGAGGGGGUGAGAGGAGGGGGCAGGAGCGCGGAGGGGAAGGGUGGGGGAGCGGGGGUGGGGCAUGGGCGAGCGAGGAGAGGGCAGGCCACGGACAGCCAUAGCAUUGCCGAGCGGGUGCGGAGGGAGAAGAUAUCAGAGCGCAUGAGUGUGCUGCAGAGCCUUGUGCCCACGUGCGCUAAGGUGACAGGCAAGGCCAUGAUACUGGACGAGAUCAUCAACUACGUGCGCUCACUGCAGCUGCAGGUCGAGCUGCUAUCGAGCAAGCUGUCAGCCAUGGAGUACGACCUCAUGCCUGAGGACGACCUGCUGGCUGAUGCCGACCUCUUCCAGCUCACCCCAGAGCACCUGGUUGGCUUCCCCGCACCUUCCUAUGCGCCUGCUGCAGGGUGCCCUGCGCCCAGUGGGGGCGAGGGGAACCACGAGGGCGCAGGCAGUGGGGGAGAGGCGGAGGGCGAGCAGGGGAUGGGUGGCGGGGGAGUGUCUGGGAGCAGGAGUGGAGGCGAAUGGGCAGUGGGGCAGGGAGGGGCAGUGGUGAAGCAGGAGCAGUGGGAGGAGGUGGGCAUGUUCCUCAGGGAUGAUGGGGGCCCGGUGGGGGAGCACAUAAACGGCUCUGCUGCUUGCAAGUGGGAGGCGGAGGAGUCUGACGUGGCAGACAGUGGCGGGGUGGUGGGAGGAGAGGGUGGGACCAGGAAGGGCUCGGAUGCGCAGGCAGAGGGGACGAGGGGCAAGGGCGGAGUGGUAUGGAGUGGCAAUGGUGGCAGCUGCGGGGGUGCAAACGGCACGUAUGAGGGCGCGGAUGUGUGUGAUGGUGGGAGGGCGUGUGAGUGGCCGGCCCUCUUUCCCACAGAUGCGGGUGGGGAGGCGGGUGUGGUGGGCGAUGGGGGCGUGGACGCAUGGUGGAAGCAUGGGCUGGAGGACACAGGGGGGGCGGGCGGGGGCGGAGUGGGGGUGGGGGAGGUGGAUGCGGAGCAGGCAGCGGAGAGCGAGGGGCUGAUGGACAUGCUGCUGUGCCACAUGAGUGGCGGCAUGCAGCACCUCUCGCUGCACCCUCACCCCCACACUGCCCCACACACACACCCGCCAGCUCUCACCCCACCUGGCUCCCUUCACCCCAAUGGGCUGUAG